AUGGCAGUUGAUAGUUUUCGCCUGGAAUCUUUCCGGCCGUGGAAUCCUUUCCAGGACAGAACACAGCCUCUGCAGAAUUCUCUCGAGCUUUGUCAAUAUCCAAGUCCUGUCUCGAUCUCCGCCACCUCACCUGUCUCCAAUUCUAGCAGGUCGGCUUCAGAGAACCCCGAUGGUCAUUCUCAUAAAUCUGAGCGACACCCUCUCCCUCCACGACCGCCGGUGGAGGUUUGCUUUAACGACAGCCCGCCACAGGAGACAAACACUCAGCACCAACCCACUGAGGAGGCUCAGACAUCAUGCGUCAGCCUUGGAGCUGAGGUGUUCGGUCUCGAUGACAUUUUGCAACUAAAUGAUUUGCCAAACCCUGGAGACGAGGGCCAUCCGAGCAUAUGCGAUGAUCCGGGCCCGGAGUCUCAGUACCGGCUUGGCUUUGAAUCGGACGAUCCAGGGCUCGCUUGCACUGCCAGUAAGCACUCUGAUGCUGGCAACACUGGAAGCUCUGGUCUGGCCGGCAAAUGCUGCGACGCAACAAUUGACCCAGCAAUCCUAGACGAUUAUCAUGUCCUAGAUGUUGAGCAGAAUUCACCAAGAAGAAAAGAGACGUCGCACAUAGUGACUCCUCCUCAUUCGGAUAAGUCUGUUCGUGGCCACAACAUCAGAAUGAGUUCGCAAAUGCCGAAACCCCUAUGUCAACGGUCCAGAGUCAGCAAGGUAGCUGUCGUCGUGGACAAUAGUCGCAUAAAGAAGACCUGUCGGACAACCCAAGCAAACCGUCCUGUUAAAACGUCGUUUUCUGUUCUGAGGGAUCAAUUCUCCUCUCUACCGAUCCAAGAGCGGCUAGAGUUCUUGUCCUGGCUGUUUGAGGGUGCUUUAUCUCACUGCGUUUCUACGCGUGCCAACGCAGAUACCGCCUCUGUAUCAAAAAGAUGCAUCUCGGGCCACGAUGUGGACAUGACAUAUGACUGUGAACACCCGGGCUUAAGUACCGAACUAGUUGAUGCGCAACCUACCAGAAAAGGCUUACCGUGGUCCAUGGAAGAAAAUUGUUUAUUGGUAAAACUCCGAGAAGAACAAAAUCUUUCUUGGUCGGAGGUGACGAGAAUGUUUGCACAGAAAUUCCCCGGAAGGAGCAAAGGGUCUCUACAGGUGUACUGGAGCACGUCGCUCAAGAAACAGCGGCUCUCACACUUAACCAUAACACAGCCUAGCGCUGAUGCAUGGAGGUUUGCGACGCUAUAA